UGGUAUCGGUUGGUUCAGGUUAGUCUGGCGUCUGAUUGUCCCUACUGCAUUAGAACUACCUGCGUUGCGCUACCUUCCGGGAGUAAUUUCGAAGUACAGUUUUGUUUCCUGUCUCUGACACCCUGUUUGUUUAUUUACAGAGUGUUGGCGUGCUUUCUGAAUUAGCGGCCCUAUUUUAUUUUCGAGAUGAAAAACAAAUUAUGGUGAUAAUGAAAUGAAACACAAUGGAUAGACACUGAGAAGACGAUGUAGUGAUUUAGUGUCAAUGUGCAUAGUUGGUUUUCUUUUAUGACAGCUCGAGAAAUCUAAAUAUAUUAGAUAUAUGGAUUACUGAAAUUAUAUCAACGUGGAGAGUUGAAAUACGUUCUGAACUAAAUACGUUCGGCAGUGCUAGAAAAGGAUCAGCUGUUCGACGGCAUUGAACUGUGAGUGGACUUUGGACCUCAGACGUUUUCAGGGCUGUUAAACUAAUAAAUCCACUUUUCUUCUUAACUAACGGAGGCGUAAACCAUUCGCCAGCUUGCUUAAGGGACCGAUUCAGGAGAAGGACCCGACUGAAACCACGCCGUACAAGUGAUGACUUCAACAGUCAACAAUUGGCACUGUAUUUGAGGCCUAAGGAACCGGUAGCCCCUAUCAUGCCACUCCCCGCUACACAGUGUUGACACAGCAUCCCUUGCGCGAGGAUGGCGCCACCUCGGCAUCACCUCCAGCUCCACCACCCAGCUCUGGGUCUCAUCUUCAGGCAAAUGCCACACUUCCUACUGUUGCUAUUGGUCAGCAGCGGUCACAUGAUUCUAUGCGCGCCACAGCAGCAGUCCCACCACGGCAGGCACCAUGGGAAUUCCGCGUCACCAGACUACAACAUGGGCGACAACAGUAUGAGCUUCAGCAUGGGAAUGGAAGAUACCAGGAGUACCAGUGGUGAUCAGUUGGAAAGUGUCAAUGUUUUCACUGGUCGCGACAGUGAAACAAAAGGUUUCAAUAAGAACCUAGAUGAUUCCUUAUUAUUAGGUCCUGAACAUAGUGAUUUUGUGAGUCACAGUGAUAACAAGAAUCGAGGUGUUGAAUCAUUCGUGAACCGUGACGAUGAUCUCCUGAGUAGUGGUAUCAAAACACGGCAAGAUUCAGACCACAGCGAUACUUUGUAUGUAGGGCCGGAUGAGACGGAAAUGCGUCGCGACUCUGGCAUGAACCGUGGUGUGGUUCACAGUGACACUAAGGGGCGAGUGGAAAGCAUGGAUGUUGGUGAUCUUGUUGGCAGUGGUGAUGAAGAUAUUCGGCUAAGAGAGCAUCUGGCAAAGGAUCACUCCCAUUACGGUAAUGGUGGGGGAGAUCCCAUAUACGAGAACCGGGGUGACCCUAACAUUGUAGGUCGCGGUAGACCCGUGGAUGAUGCUAAAAGAGAUCCUGCAGUUGAGUAUGGAAGCAGACAUUCAAUAGACUGGGAUCGGAUUGGACACGGUGAUGAUCCUUUGGAUUUGGCUCACGAAUCGAGAGUGAAUGAAGGUCAGGGCGACCCCCUCAUUAUAGAGACAAAGAAAGGAAGAGUGAGGGGCAUAACGCUGACUGCAGCGACCGGAAAGUUGGUUGAUGCGUGGCUGGGAAUUCCUUACGCCCAGAAACCCGUUGGACCUCUACGUUUCCGCCACCCUCGUCCAGUCGACCGCUGGGACCAGAAUGGUGAAAUUUACAACGCCACGAAAAUGCCGAAUAGCUGUGUCCAAAUCAUAGACACAGUUUUCGGUGACUUUCCUGGUGCCCUCAUGUGGAACCCGAACACGGCUCUGUCGGAGGACUGCCUGUAUAUCAACGUGGUCGUUCCGAAACCACGUCCUCGCAACGCCGCCGUCAUGGUUUGGAUCUUCGGUGGAGGAUUCUACUCGGGCUCGGCCACUCUUGACGUCUACGAUCACAAAAUUUUGGUGUCUGAAGAAAACGUUAUCAUUGUCUCUAUGCAGUAUAGAGUCGCGUCGCUUGGAUUUCUGUUCUUCGAUACGAGCGAUGUUCCUGGAAACGCCGGCCUCUUCGAUCAACUCAUGGCACUACAGUGGGUGCACGAUAACAUCCAGGCCUUCGGUGGGAACCCCAAUAACGUGACACUGUUCGGUGAGUCAGCUGGGGCCGUGUCUGUUAGCUUGCACCUGCUGUCACCACUCAGCAGGAACCUCUUCAGUCAGGCGAUCAUGGAGUCUGGAUCUCCGACGGCACCUUGGGCAAUUAUCAGUCGUGAGGAGAGCAUCCUCCGUGGUUUGCGUCUAGCUGAAGCUGUUGGGUGUCCGUGCAGCCGAUCAGACAUGCGAGCUGUUAUUGACUGUCUCAGAAGUAAGAACGCUACGGAUCUUGUCAACAAUGAAUGGGGAACUCUUGGUAUCUGUGAAUUUCCCUUUGUGCCGAUAAUUGACGGGGCGAUUAUCGAUGGAGCACCUCAGAGGUCACUAGCGGAGAAGAACUUCAAGAAGACGAACAUUCUAAUGGGGAGUAACACAGAAGAGGGCUACUACUUCAUAUUAUAUUAUUUAACACAGCUGUUUCGAAAAGAGGAAGAUAUUCGUGUUAAUCGAGAAGAGUUCUUGCAAUCGGUCCGGGAACUUAACCCUUACGUCAACAAUAUAGCGCGACAGGCGAUUGUGUUCGAGUACACAGACUGGUUAAACCCCGACGAUCCAAAUAGUAACCGUGAUGCUCUGGACAAAAUGGUGGGCGAUUACCAGUUCACGUGCAACGUGAAUGAAUUUGCGCACCGCUACGCCGAGACGGGGAAUAAUGUGUACAUGUAUUACUUUAAACAUCGUACGGUGAGCAACCCGUGGCCAUCCUGGACCGGCGUCAUGCACGGAGAUGAAAUUAACUACGUUUUCGGCGAGCCGCUGAAUCCAUCUAAGGACUACGAACCGAGUGAGGUGGAGCUAAGCAAGAGGAUGAUGCGUUACUGGGCUAACUUCGCCAAGACAGGGAAUCCGAGUGUGUCCGAAGACGGCACAUGGACAGCCACCUAUUGGCCUGUUCACACUGCUUACGGCAGGGAGUAUUUGACCCUGGACGUGAAUUCCACAAAAACCGGAAGGGGUCCUCGCCUCAAAGAGUGUGCCUUCUGGAAGAAGUACCUACCUCAACUCAUGCUUAUCACGUCCAAUCCUCAGACCCAGCCGGAGAACUGUCCCAGUAGCAGUUCCGGAGCGAGAGGAGGUAUCAGCUCGGUGUCCAGGAUGCUGAUGAGUGUGCUAAUCACACCCAUGGCCUCGUGUUUGACCCUGAAGGUCAUUAUACUGUUGGGACAACGAGGAUUGGUGUAGUACAAACUGUGCAGGACAUGAGCUGCAUGCAGCUAACCUGCAGAGACAGAUGGAGCCAGAAGGAAGCUUCGGAGACAGACAAGAAGCGGUCAGAACAUCGCGUAUUGUCUUCUAGAGAAUAGUGCGUGACUCCUAGGAUGCUUUAGUUAACGAUAUAUUGGUUUACCGUUUGAUCGUUAUUUUUAAAAUAAUAAAGACAAUAGGAUGCACAUAUCUCAAGAUGAAACCAUUUAGUAAAGAAACUGCACGUGCUCCAAUAUUGUGCAAAUUUUUCCACAAAUUAUAUGUUGUAUAACGUGAUUAGGAAAUGUGUUCUGUAUUAAGUAACUGAAAAGAACUAGUUUAUAAUGUGACUGAAAAUGUAUAUUUACGUGUGUAACGAAAGACUGGUCCUGGUGCAGAGGUAAAAACGAAUAUGAGAUUUUGGUAUAAACAUUAACUUGAAGGUACUGUUAAAACUGAACUAGGGCUAACGGAACAUGAAGAUUACUGUGGAAAUAUUAAAUUUUAAUGCUAUAAGUCAUGAUUACAGUCAUAGAAACUGUUUGUUUUGAGUGAAAACAACUGAUAUAUAUCAGGAAGAAAACGAAUCAAGUGCUUCUAAACUGAACAUAUGUUUAGUUGUAUAUCAGUGUGUAGACAAUUUUCAUUGACAGAUGCUCUAGCCAGUGCUUUAUGUGUGGUUCUACUCAGCAGAAAUACCUACGCCUUAUACAUAUCACUAAGAAGCCUUGCAAGUUCCACAUAAUUCUCCAAGGUUUCCAAGUGCUGACUUCUCUGGUAGAAAGUGGUGCAUUACACUAUUAAUAAGUACAUACUGUUACAACUUAAAUGAGAAAAAUUCUUAAGAAAUGAUUAAUACGCAUUGUUAUCUUUUAACUAUAAACAACAUACUUCUGCUGCCUGCCUCACUUCCAUAUAUUUACUUGCAAAAUAAAUUACUAAUAAAACAGUACAAUGAAUAAAAUAAGAAAAUAAACUAAAACAAAAAUUGCAUUGCCGCUGCUGCUGUUGUUAAUGAGACUAUUACAUAGUAAAUAAUAAUAGAAAAUGCUUCCUUGGGCCAUAUGCAAAACAUCUACCUUCCUGCUUAAAUCAGGCAAUUUUGCAUUCUAGUUCUGACAUUUGUUCUCUAUACCCACGGAAAGUUUAACUUAUGUUUUAAACUGAUAUACUACAACUCAAAAAUAUAGCUAUGUGGUCAGAUAAGGUCGCAAUUUCUUUCGUUUGAACCCACUUAUUCUGUGUUACUGGGGUCAGGGUCCCCAAAUAUUGGAAGCAUGAGCUUUUAAAUUCUUGGCUUUGCAAGCAGAUGAAGAUAUGUACCGAACGGUUAUCGGUUGUCUGUUGAACGGUGCUCAAACACCAGCCAAAUUUAAGCAGCAAGGUUUAUUUUUUGACACAGUGCUCUAUACUCAUAUUUUUAGUGAGAGCUUUUUUUGCUUUCCAAUGACGUAAGUUAUAUAUAAAUAAAUAUAUAUAAGAUUAUGUACAGUUAAGAUGUGUUCAAGUAAACAUGUUAAUGAUGAAAUGGGAAGGAAGGUUUAAAAAUGAUGUCAUUGAAUGAAGAGAAGGACAGAGAUAUUGGAUACCGCUCACUAGAGGAACUACGAGUAUCAGUUUGUGGGAAUAUAACAUCAUUAGGUACGUGAAUGACAGUUGACAGAGAUUAUUUAAAAUUUUGCUUUUUAAACAGAAGUCUCUUAACCUUUUGACGCUGGUAAAUAUU